AUGAUGGAAGCCGCAAAGACGAACCCAUAUCUUGCAAACCUCAUGCCAAAAAUGCUCGUCAGUGAUGGCAAGAAACGGGCUUAUGCGGGCUCUGCUGAGCCCAAAAACAAGGCAGAAAUGUACGAGAACCGGAAGCAAGCUAUGAAGUUAGAAGGGGACAAGAGAUAA